AGGUAAUGCACCAACAAGAAAAGCAAACACCUACCAGGCUUCCGUGUGGUCUCUCUCGCGACUACUACUCCCGCCCGAUACUAUACAAUGGCGGCAUCAAAUGCAAGCGGGACCGCCUCACUCUUUGCCCGCUUCGAUUCCGCAAUUUUGACCUGACCUGAGCAGGAAAUGGAGGGUUCGAGUUCCGCGCCAUCACCGAUCGCAGGAAUGGUUCGAAACGAGGAGGAAACGCUCAAGUUUGACGGGUUUCUCAGUAGAAUGCGAAACCCUGCUGCAUUUGAUCUCCAUCGAUCCAUCAAAGGCUUCACUGUAUCUUUCCCAUAUUACAUGGACAAUUCUGAAAGUGAUGGCGAAAGGUUACAAGACUUCCUGCUUACAAUGGAAUCUAAAAUUAGGAGUCAUCCAUUGUGGGCAGGAGCAACAGACAACGAAAUCGACUGUGCUGUUGAGGGUUUGGAGAAGUUUGUCACAACAAAGCUGUACUCUCAAGCAUUUGCUUCUUCUCCAGAUGAUGCCAAAAUUGAUGAGGAAAUAACAGAGAAAAUAUGCCUGUUGCAACAAUUUAUGAAGCCCAAGCAUUUGGACAUUCCUGUUGUUUUACAGGAUGAAGCUUUGUGCAUGCUUGCAGCAAAUGAAUUGAAAAAAAUUGAUGAUUUCAAAGCUCCCCGAGAGAAGCUUCUCUGCAUUUUAAAGUGUUGCAAAGUAAUCAACAAUCUGCUGCUUAAUGUGUCAGCAACGCAUGAUACACUGCAUGGAGCUGACAAUUUUCUUCCCUCGCUUAUAUAUGCUACCAUCAAGGCCAAUCCUCCUAGGUUACACUCCAAUCUCAAGUUCAUUCAGUUAUACAGGAGGCAAGCAAAACUUGUUUCAGAAGCAGCUUAUUAUUUCAUGAGUCUUGCCUCCACAAAAUCAUUCAUUUUUGAACUUGACGAAAAAUCUAUUUCUAUGGAUGAAACUGAAUUCCUAGAGAACAUGAAAACUGCUAAAUUAUCCACCCGCCAAUCAAGAAUGGAACUGUGCUGCCCCUGGGAUGAUUCAACUUCCUUUCAGUUGCUGGCAAGGGAAAGUGGUAAGCAGAUUGGAGAAGCUGUAGCCUUGGAAUGCCAGACUGAUCUUUGGAAAAGUGACUCAAGUGGUGAAUCGAGGUAUCCUUUCAUGGAAACUGAGGCUGGGGAACUCGCAAUCGAAGAUGUGGAGAAAUUGCUGCAGGCCUACAAGGAUGUGGUAAAACAGAAUGCUGCUCUACGGAGAGCAGUCAGAGAUUUAUCAGCACUCAAGAAGGAACACUUGUGAGGCUGUUGCCGCAGGUGUACAAGGAUUUGUUGCUAGCUUCUAAUUUUUAUUUUUCUUCUCUCUUGUGUUGUGAAAAACAGCUCUAACAAAGUUAUAAAUUUAUUAUACUAGAUAAGAGCUUUCUGAACCUAUGACAAAAUCGAAAAUUCUGUCAAAAAAGUACAAAUGUAAACAUUAUUGAAAUGGUAAUAUAAUAGACUCUUCUCACAA